AUGCUCCCGUGGCGCCAGCCGGCGGCGUGCCUCCUGCUGGUGGCGCUGCUGGUUGGCAUCCUCCCGUGCCGCCACGUGGCCAACGCCGCACUCCCCACGCCGGCGGCCGCCGCGGGGCUGCACCGGCACCCGGACGGCGCGGCGCCGGCGUUGCGCUCGCUGAAGCACCUGCAGGGCGCGGGGCGGGGCAGCCGCGUCGCGGGCGUCGCCGAGCUGAAGAGGCACAUGGGGAGGUUCGGGUACAUGCGUCCCGGGGCGGAGCACGACGACGCGUUCGACGACCACACGGAGGCCGCCGUGAAGCGGUACCAGUCCAGGCUCGGCCUGCCGGUCACCAGCCGGCUCGACCCCGCCACGCUCGGCCGGAUCACCUCGCCGCGCUGCGGCGUCUCCGAUGGCCGCGGGGCCGUGGUCAUGUCGGAUUCAGCGGCCAGCCGGUUCACGUUCUUCGACGGCGAGCCGCGGUGGACCGGGCCGGGCCCUAUCGUGCUGACGUACUCCGUCUCGUCGGCAGCCACCGUCAGCUACCUACCGCCCGAGGCCGUGCGCGCCGCGUUUCGGAGCGCGUUCGCCCGGUGGGCGAAGGUCAUCCCCGUGGAGUUCGUCGAGAUCGACGAGGACUACUCGUACCACGAGGCCGACGUCAGGGUGGGAUUCUACGAGGGCGACCACGGGGACGGCUCGCCGUUCGACGGGGAGAAAGGCGUCGUCGCCCACGCCUACGGCCCGGAGGACGGGCGGCUCCAUUUGGACGCGGCGGAGCAUUGGACACUGGACGUGGACAGCGAAACGGAGGGCUCGGCCUUGGACCUGGAAUCCGUGGCGACACAUGAGAUCGGGCACACCCUCGGGCUCGGGCACUCGUCGUCCCCGGAGGCGGUCAUGUACCCGUACAUCAACUUCGGGGAAAGGAAGGUGGAGCUGAGCGUAGACGAUAUCGAGGGCGUUCAGCUGCUGUACGGGUCCAACCCGCGGUUCAGGCACGAGCAACACGACCCCUCUCCCUCCGUGUCACCGGGAAGGAGAAACUGGCUUGGUUCAGUUAGCUUUGUUUGUGUAGUCUUGGUCAUGCUAGUGACACAUGUAAAAUAG